AUGUCGUCGUUAUCACAGCCCACGAGUGAAGUGGCGAGGAAAACUUUUGAGAUAGAGAACGAGAUUGUCAGUGAUGAUAGUAUUUACUCGUAUGAUGCGAAUGCGCAGCGAGCAAUUCUCCAGCAACGACCUUGGACCGCGGAUCCAGACUAUUUCACAGGAGUGCGAAUAUCGGCAAUUGCGCUGUUAAAGAUGGCAAUGCAUGCUCGGUCGGGAAAGCACUUGGAAGUCAUGGGUGUAAUGACUGGAAAAGUAAUUGGACGAGAGUUUAUAGUCAUGGAUGCGUACCCCUUGCCAGUUGAGGGUACAGAGACUCGAGUCAACGCUCUUGGAGAAGCCUAUGAGUAUAUGGUGGAAUAUCUGAGCAGUUUACAGGAUGUUGGCCGGCCCGAGAAUAUCGUUGGAUGGUAUCAUAGUCAUCCUGGUUACGGUUGUUGGUUAUCGGGAAUCGAUGUUGGCACUCAAUCGCAGAAUCAGCAGUUUCAAGACCCGUUUCUUGCUAUAGUGGUUGACCCUAAUAGAACGAUCUCGGCUGGUAAAGUUGAUAUCGGAGCAUUUCGAACUUAUCCUCCUACACAUAAUGCGUCAGGUGCCAAAGGAAAGAAGCGCGGAAAAGGUGGUGGCAGCCAGGAAAUUCCUCUUGCCAAACUCGAGGACUUUGGUGUCCAUGCUGCUAAAUACUAUCCUCUUUCAAUCUCAUAUUUCAAGAGCAGUAUGGAUUCUCAGGUCCUAGAGAUGCUCUGGAGUAAGUACUGGACGUCCACAUUGGCGCAGUCGUCCUUACGGAUUAAUUACGAUUAUACCAACGACCAGAUUGAUGACCUGGCUGUGAAGACCGACAAACUCGUUCGUCACUCUGCCUCAUCAGAGAACAAUGAAGCUCACCAUUCGUCGAUAUUCGCCGACCAGCUUCAAAGACUCCACAAGCAAUUAAAAGCCGGCCAGCAAUCAGCAUGGCCCGCAAUACCUGUUGCUUCCAAGGUACCAACCACCAACGACGAGCCUUCUGCCAUUGAUGGUGUCACCGCCAAUGCCGUUAAAAUUGGCUCAGAAGAGCUCACCGGGCUCAUCUCGCUUGAAAUAAAACACUCUAUUCUACAGACGUCCAAAUAG